AUGUCAACGAAGUGGCAAUGGUUAAACGACUACGACUGGGUUGAUUACAACACAAAAACGUGUGAGAUUUUAGAAAACGCAUUUUUAGCAGGAAAUAAAGAAAUAGAUUGUGAUAAAGAGCGAUAUGUUGAGUUUUGUGAUCUCAAAACAAUCCACAAAAAUUUCCAGUCUCUCCCAACAGAUUAUAAGUCAUUGGUUGGUAUCCAAAGGAGAAAAGAUAAUCCAAAUAAACGCCGACUCGUCCAGCGUUUAAUUCCAUCCACUUUUGAGAACUUUAUAAUUUACAUUUGUGAAGAAGGGUUAGAUGAUGGUGUUGAUGUUGAUAGUAUUGUUGAGACAAUAAAACUCAGAAAGGGAAAAAUCACAAAAAAGUCAACAAACGCAUCACUUGUGGUCUGUGAUCAGAAAAAGUGGAACGACCACUUAAAAAAUGUUAUUCAAAAUGUUAUUCAACACAAUGUCCCCAUUGUUUCUUCUGAAUUUAUAAAUCAGUGUCUGGACAAGUUCGCGUUGGUGUCCAAAGACCUUAAGACGACAAAUGAUUUUUUCAAAACGUUGUUGAGUGUGAAAGAGGAGAAAAGCGAGAAGAAGGAGACCGAAGAAAGAAAGCGCUUUGAAUCUGUGGAUGACUUGCUCGUCGACAAGAAGAAAGUCGCAAUGAAAGUCAACAUUACGUUCGACGUUGAAGUGAAGAAAAAAGACGACAACACUGUUUCGAUAACGAAAAAUGGAGAGGAGAUUGAUGUUCCCGUCGCACCCAACGAAUUUAAAGAUUUUGCGUUGCUCCUCAAAACCAUUCCAGACAGUGUUAAUGUCAAACUAGACAAUGGCACAUAUGUUGGGUCGACUGGUGGUGUGUCUCUCCAGGUUAAUUGA